AUGGGUGGUCCCCCGCAGCCCCCCAGCCCCCCAGCUUCCCCCUGGCUGCCCCCCGGGGGCAUCCUCGAGCCCCCCCAGAAUGUCCCUGCUGUGGGACCUGGUCCCUUGUGUGCCGGCGAGAGUCACCAGCUGCGCGCCUGCCUGCUGCAGAGCUGCCCCCCUGGGCAGCCGUCCCUCCCCGCGCUGCAGUGCGCGGCCCUGGACGAGCGCGAGUUCCUGGGGCGCCGCUUCCGAUGGGAGCCUUUCCUGGACGCCGCUGAUGGCUGCGGGGCAGCGCGGGGGGCACGGGGCUGUGAGCUGAACUGCCGGCCCGUCGGGCACCGCUUCUACGUGCGGCACGCGGAGCCGCUGAACGACGGGGCGCCCUGCGCCGGCGGCAUCUGCGCCCACGGCCGCUGCCUGCUGCCCCGCUGCGACGGCGUCCUGGCCUCCGGCGCGGUGCCCGCAGCCUCCUGCCACCUCCACGCUGGCAACUUCAGCGGCCGCCCCGACAGCCCUGGCUACCACAAGGUGCUUGAGAUCCCGCCCGGAGCCACCCGGCUCCGUGUGGCCCAGCUGGGACCCAGCCGCAACCAUCUGGUGCUGCGCAGCCCCACGGGGGACCCUCUGCUCAACGGCGGGGGGGUCGCGGGGCCGCCCGGGCACUACGAGGCCGCCGGGACCAUCUUUGAGUACCGGCGGGCAGGACCAGGCGCCCCCGAGACGCUCAGCGCCCCCGGCCCCACCACAGAGCCACUCGACGUCUACGUGCUCUUCCAGCAGGACAACCCUGGUUUCACCUGGCAGUUCUUCCUGGCCACUGACGGCCCAGACGCAGCCCCCACACAGCCGGGUCCUGUCUCCACGGUGGCCCCAGACGCGGGGCCGGUGGCCCCGGUGACUCCCAGCGCCUCAGAGGCCGCCCCACCGCCCGUCGCUGGGGCCUCAGGACGGGAGGUCCCACUGCAGCACCACAACCGGGGCCACCGUGACAGUGACAGCGGCGGUGACCACGGACAGGGCUACGGCUAUGACAGGGACCUCAACCACAACCGUGGCCACAACCACAGCCAUGAUCAUGACCACGACCACAGCUGGAGAGCGGGCGCGUGGUCCCCUUGCAGCGGCUCAUGUGGGGUGGGCACGCAGCAGCGGGAUGUGCGGUGCCACCUGCGCGGCCACCCGGCCCCCGCUGCACGCUGCGCCUCCCGCCUGCCACCCGCUGCCACGCGGUCCUGUCCUCUGCCAGCCUGUGGUCGCUGGGAGGUGCAGAGUCCCUGGAGCACGUGCUCGGUGCCCUGCGGGCAGGGCCAGCGCAGCCGGGCCGUGCGCUGUGUGAGCACCCAGGGCCCCAUGCACAGCGAGGCUGCGUGCCCCCCGCCACGGCCCCCUGCACGCCAGCCCUGCAACAUGGGGCCCUGCGCCCGCCUCUGGCUUCACAGUGACUGGAGUGACACAUGCCCGCUGGUGUGCGGGCCGGGCGAGCAGCGACGCACAGUCCUGUGCCUGGCAGGGCCAUCACCGGGAGCGUGUGAGGGUCCUCGUCCUCCUGCCACGCGCCCCUGUCACCAAAUGCCCUGUGGCCAUGCGCACCACUGGUUCACAGGGCCAUGGAGCCCGUGCUCAGCAGAGUGCGGGCCGGGUGAGCAGCACCGCGACGUGCUCUGCGUGGGUCGGCGGGGUGCCCGGGUGGCUGUGGCAGCGACGGCUGCUUGCGAGGGGCAGCCCCGGCCCCCUGGCCUACAGCCCUGCACAGGCACCAUCUGCCGCCCCCGCUGGUUCGUCAGCACCUGGAGCGCCUGCUCCCGCUCGUGCCAGGGUGGGGUGCAGGCCCGCGCCGUGCACUGUCUGGCCCCCAACCAGACCCUGAGCACUCAGUGCCCACCCCGCCUGCGGCCCGCGCGCCAGCGGCCCUGCAACGACCGGCCCUGUGCACACGGUGAGCUCCUGGAUGCCUUGGCGCCUCCCAUAUAG